AUGGCCAGUUCCAUGACGAGGGAUAUCAAAUCUUUCUGGUCACAAUAUGAUCCGGGUGGUUAUGGCACUAACAUGUGCCCAAUCCAUAGAGUCCCAGAACACAUUCGUGAGGUUGACCGUGUGGCCUACGAACCAAUUAUUAUAUCGUUUGGCCCGUAUCACCAUGGAGGCCAACACUUUCAAUACAUGGAGAAGAAAAAAUGGGAACAUUUAGACAGGGUACUAAAACUGAACUGUAAUAGAACUCUGCAUGAUUACAUUAAAGCAAUCGCCGAAGUAGAGAAGCAAGCAAGGAAAUGCUACUCGGAGCAGAUAAUAAUGGAAAGGAAAAAGUUUGUGCAGAUGCUUUUGUUGGAUGGGUGCUUCAUACUUGUGAAUAUUGAUGAAAAUGUCGGCACCAGGAUAUCAAAUUCCAGAACUUUGAACCAAGGACCCACCCAAACAGAAGUUGAUGGAAACGUGACGGGAGAAGAGCUGGAACAGAUUUAUGUGGAAAUUAUUCAGGAAACAGGAACAAAUACCAGAGAGGAGGAUGCAAACCAACGGACAAGCGUUCAGAACAGUUACGGUCCCGGGGAUUGGUUGAGUGGCCCUGCAUGGCAUGACAUGCUCUCCUUGCUGGAGAACCAGAUACCCUUUUUCGUUAUGGAGAGGGUCUACGAGUUAGUAUCAGAGGUCCUCUUGCGUCAUUAUCCAAUAGCUAUACAAGAGAACGAUAGACCCAAACAUUUCCAUCAUCUGCUCCACUUAUAUCACACGUACUUGAGACCUAGUCAGAGAUUUGAUGAGGAGCUUCAGUAUCAGGGGAAGACAGGUUAUUUUCAUGGUCUUCUACGUCGAUGGAAUAUGUCAGGUAAAUCAGUUGACCCUGACAAAAACCUAGAGCAGAUGGAGCGCUUGGAAACAGGUAAGCUUUUUAAGCGUUGGCGUCGAGCAGAAGAAUACCAUGAAGCGGGGGUUCAGUUCAUGCGUAGGGAGUAUGACGGACAAAGUAGGCAUUCUCUGCUGGACAUAAGGUUCAUCAAUGGAGUUAUGGAAAUUCCGUGUUUGCCAGUUGACGAGUCCAGUGAAUCGGUUUUCAAGAACCUGCUAGCACUGGAGCAAAUGGACUACAGGUUCGGCAACGACAUCAGUGCCUAUGCCACUUUCAUGUCCCAGAUCAUGGAUACGCCUGCUGAUGCCACGCUGCUGGUUGAGAAAGGCAUAAUUGUGCAUAUGUUGGAUAGUGACGAAGAGGUGUCAGCUCUAUUCACUAGACUCACCAAGCAAUUGACAAUUAGGUUUGAUUUAAAAUAUUACUUAAAACCUUUGUGCCACAAGUUGGAAGCCCACUACCAGAAUCGCUUGAAUAGAUGGAUAGCUUGGUUAUGGCAUAACCACUUUGUAAACCCGUGGUUGGCGUUGGCAGCGUUCGCUGCUGUAGUGGUGCUUGUCUGCACCAUCGUCCAGACCAUAUAUACUGUGUUGCCCUUUGUCAAACCUGCAUAA